UGUAAAUAGAAGGUUGUCAAAUUCUACCAAAUUGGUCCCGCUUCCCUCCCGGCGAAAGCUUCUCCCUCGCGAUUCCCGCCGGCGAUUUCAGGUUAAGCAGUGGGAAUGAAGAAGUCAGCAUUGCCAGUGGAAAGUGUAAGUGCGAUUGAGAAGAAGAAAUGUGGGAAGGAAGCUUUGGUGAAGAUUUUAAGAUGGCAUUUCGGUCAUUCUGAAUUCCGUGGGAAACAGUUGGAAGCUAUUGAAGCGGUUCUAUCAGGAAGAGAUUGCUUUUGUCUGAUGCCAACUGGUGGAGGGAAGUCAAUGUGCUAUCAGAUCCCUGCGUUGGCAAGAACAGGGAUUGUGCUUGUUGUUUGUCCUUUGAUAGCUUUGAUGGAAAACCAAGUGAUGGCAUUGAAGGAAAAAGGGAUAGCUGCUGAAUUUCUGUCUUCAACCCAGACUUCACAAGUUAGAAAUAAGAUCCAUGAAGACCUUGAAUCCGGAAAGCCAUCGUUAAGGUUGCUUUAUGUGACUCCAGAAUUGAUCGCAACACCUGGAUUUAUGUCGAAGCUGUCAAAGAUUCAUGCUAGAGGGUUGUUGAACCUGAUUGCCAUAGAUGAGGCACAUUGCAUCUCAAGUUGGGGCCAUGACUUCAGGCCUAGCUACCGGAAGCUUUCUUCCUUGAGGAACCGCCUACCAGGCAUACCAAUAUUGGCUUUGACUGCUACUGCUGUUCCUAAAGUUCAGAAGGACGUGAUGGAAUCCUUGUGCUUGCAAAACCCCUUACUCCUGAAGUCAUCAUUUAAUCGUCCUAAUAUACAUUAUGAAGUGCGAUAUAAGGAUCUGAUGGACCACCCAUAUGCAGAUUUAGCUAAUCUCCUCAAAUCUUGUGGAAAUGUCUGUGCAAUUGUUUACUGCCUUGAACGCACAACUUGUGAUGACCUGGCUGGACAUCUAGUGAACAAUGGUAUCUCCUGUGCUGCUUAUCAUGCAGGGUUAAACAACAAACUGCGGAGUUCUGUGUUGGAUGAUUGGAUUUCUUGCAAGAAACAAGUUGUUGUGGCCACAGUUGCUUUCGGGAUGGGCAUAGAUCGGAAGGACGUCAGGGUUGUCUGCCAUUUUAAUAUUCCCAAGUCAAUGGAAGCCUUCUACCAAGAGUCAGGUAGAGCUGGUCGUGAUCAAUUGCCUUCUAGAAGUGUGUUGUACUAUGGAAUGGAUGACAGCAAAAAAAUGCAUUUUAUUCUAAGCACAUCUAAGAGCAAGGAGCAGUCCUCAAGCUCAGCGGAUGGGGCCUCAAAGAAAUCCCUUGCUGCCUUCAAUCAGAUGGUUGAGUACUGUCAGGAGUCUGGUUGCCGCAGGAAAAGAAUUCUUGAGAGUUUUGGGGAACAGGUAACUGCAACACUAUGUAACAAAUCAUGUGAUGCAUGCAAACAUCCAAAUUUAGUUGCCAAGUAUUUGGAGGAGCUCAGAAAUACUUGUGCCGUUCGCCAUUUAAGUGGAUCCUCUCGAAUAUAUGUGAGCAGCUCCUCAAAUAUGAUUGAUGAAGAACAAGUAUCAGAGUUUUGGAACCGUGAGGAUGAAGCAAGUGGCUCUGAUGAGGAUAUUUCUGAUUCUGAUGAUGCAAUUGAUGUUGCAAAGAGCCUAAGUCAGUCAAGCUUACCAUCAAAGUCGAAACAAAAUGACAGGAUUCAGUUAUUGGAACGUGCAGAAGAUAAUUAUUAUCGGAAUAAAUCUCCUGACAAACAGAGUAACAAACUCAACAAGAAUGUCGUCUCUGAAUCUCUCAGAGAAACAAGCAAGCAACGAUUAUCAAAUGCCCUUCUGCAAACCCAGCAGCGGCUUGCCAACUUACAGAUUGAUUUGGAAACAUCUGCCUCCUUCCUUGAAACUGAGUGCUACAAGAAAUACGGGAAGUCUGGGAAAUCAUUCUAUUGUUCACAAGUAGCAAGUACAGUGAGGUGGCUUUCAACCACAAAUUCCACCGACUUAAUGAAUAGGAUCGGAAUGAGUACCAGUUCCAAUGCCGAAAACCCGACAGUCAAAGAAAACUUAUGUCCAACAUCAUUGGCUUUGUUGGAACAGAACCCGAUAGAAACUAGCAAGGAAGAAAUCCUUUUGGACGUUAGAUCAGAACCUUCUCCCACUGUAUUGCAAAGAGAUUCUGAAGGUAUAAGCUUGCUGCCAAUUCCAUCGUUUGCGGAGUUCAUCAGCAGCAGAAAAGCUAAGGACAACCGACUGUCGAAGUCAGAAAAGCAGACACCUGAAAAAGAUCGCAAGAAUCUUGAGAAAAGGACGAGACUGCAGUAAAUUGGUUCUUUUUUGGUGCAUUUAGUUUGUUCAGUUAGUUGCUACUGCACACACCAGAAUGAAUCAUUUUUUUUUUUUUUGAUCAGAACCAGAAUGAAUCACUUGACAGUAGUUUUUUUUUUUGCUUCGAUCUUUAAAGUUUCAUGUAUUUUGUUUUUAGUUGACUUUUGAUAUGAGAACCUAAGGUUCAGUCUCUAUUGGAUUUCGAUUUUGUUGUCGCCGCC